AUGUUUAGAUCGGCCUCGCGAUCUGUACUUCGAGCCUCCUCCUCCUCCUCCUCCUCCUCCUCAGCUCCCACUCCCCGACACAUUCGCCUUGCCCAAGCGAGACGAUAUAUAAGCAGUGACUCUCCGGCCCCGUCGCGCAAGCCCAGGAGCUGGAAAGGCACAGCGUUGAGAUGGGCUCUUGCUGCGGGCGCGGUAUAUUAUUACAACACAAGCUCUGUGUUCUCGGAGGAACCCAGCUUUUCCUUGCGACACGCUUCCUCCGCACCAAAGGAGAAUGAAGAUGACUCCUCCCUCCCAACCCUCGAGUCCUUAACCGCCGCGAAGAAGGCCAAAGCCAGAUCGAAAAACCCCUCCGCACCGCCCGACGACCCAAGCACUGUUCCCUCUUCUACCCCUUCUUCUUCUUCUUCCUUUUCCUCCAAUUCCUCCUCCCCAGCAGAAUAUUCCGAUCUCUCCGCCGCUGCAGAUAUAGAAGUCUCGCCCUCACAAUCUACGCCCACACUUCUAACGCCCGAGGAACUGGAGGAAGAAGCCAGCAGCGAAGGCGCCUUCAAUCCCGAGACGGGAGAGAUCAAUUGGGACUGUCCAUGUCUAGGCGGCAUGGCGCACGGGCCGUGCGGAGAAGAGUUUAGAGCCGCGUUCAGCUGCUUCGUGUACUCGACGGAGGAACCGAAGGGGAUGGAUUGCAUUGAGAAAUUCGAGGGCAUGCAAAACUGUUUCCGCCAGCAUCCAGAGCUCUACCCCACCGAAACAGACGAGGAAGAUGUCGACGCCCAGCUAGCAGAGGAAUCAGCUUCUUCCGGCUCGGAGCCGUCAAGGAAGCCAGCAGCAAUCGAGGAAGCAAAGCCCGCCGCCACGACUACCACCCCUCCCGCACCCUCAGGAGAAAAGGCCAAAGUAGCGAAAAAGUCGACAACCCCAGCCUCAUCAUAA